UCUGAUUGGCUGCUACCUGAUGAAGCACUUCCGGUUUACUGCAGCCGAGGCGAUUGUUUGGAUCAGAAUCUGCAGACCUGGAUCUAUCAUCGGUCCACAGAAAAACUUCUUAGAAGAGAAGCAGCACAGUUUGUGGGUUCAGGGUGACGUGCAUCGGUCUAAACAGAAGCUGGUCCAACAGAGACUGAGUCGGCAGCAGCAGCAGCUUCACCGCUCUGACUCUGUGCAGGGAGGCAAACAGGAGGCAGUGUCCUCACUGCUUUCCAGCAUGGAUGACCUGUCAAUCAACACCGUGCUCUGCAAGUCAUAUAGCUUGGAUGAGGUCAGCGGUGUGACUUCAUAGCACCUUUUCUUAAUGGUUACUGCAGAAUUCAAACAGGCUACUGAGUUACGAUCACAAUGUUGUGUUUUCA